ACAGUGAGGUGGCAUGUUCAGUACCUUCACCACUCCGUGCAGCCACCCCCUCUGAUUCCAGAACAUUCUUAUCACCCAGAAGGCAGCCCUGUCCCCAUUACGUCACCUAGUCAUCCUAAGAUCCCCCUCCCCAGUCCCGGCACCCACGAAUCCUCUCCCUGUCUCUGUGGAUCGGUCUGUCCUGGACAUUUCUUAGAAAUGGGAUCACAGCGUGCCCUUCUGUGUCUGGCGUCUGUCACUGAGUGUGACAUCCUCAAGGUGCAUCUGCACUGUGGCCUGGGUCAGAGCUUUGCACCUCCUCGUGGCUGAGUCUCGUUCCAGUGCGUGGGUGGCCGCGCCGUGCUGAUCCCCUCACCCUCACUGGGUGUUCGGUGUUCUCUGCCCCGGGCUGUCACAAAUUGUGCUGCUGUGAGGCGCCGUGUGCAGGUCUCAUCCUGGGUGUAUUUUACAAACGGACUGGAUGUGAAUGGGUGAGGAGAGAGGAGCUGGGGUGCCAGGUGCCUGCGAUCGAAGGUGCAGGGGGAGACAGAAGCCCCUCAAGGGGGUGUGGAGAUGGAGAGGCCAGACCCCAGGUUGGGGGUGCAUAGAGCUGGGGGCUCAUGGCCACAGACCCCACCUGGCAGUGGCCCUGGCCCUGCCCCUGCCCACCCACACUGUGUCACCCCCAGUUGUUACUCAGAACGACUCUCCAGCCCUCCCCUCCCUUGAGGCCACCUCGCCCCGCAGCUGGGAGAAGGGAGCGGUCAGCAUGGUUGCCGAGACACUGGGUGGCCUUUAUGCUGUCAACAGUGGCCUCAGAGGCCUUCCUGGCAGGAGCCCUGGGGACCCAGGCAGACAUGCAAACCCUGAGGCAAGAGGCUGCCCAGCCCUGUGUCCCCUCGGGGAUCCUCGAGGCCAGCUUCCCAGCACCGCUCUACAGCGAUGACUACCUGUCCCUGGAGGGUCCCCGCUGGCCACCAGCCAUCAGGCAGGCCAUAUGCUGGAAGUACACACCCAUGGGACAGGACGCAGCCGGCCAGCUGUGGUACACAGGCCUGACCAACUCGGACGCCUGGGAAGCCUGGUACAACCUGCCGCGGGCCCCGGCCAGCCCCUUCUGCGAGGCCUACAACCGCUGGCACGGCUGCUACCAACACCGUGAGCGCAGCAUGCCAUCGGCCUACACCCAGCACCUGCGGGAGACUGUCUGGCACGACCCCAUCAUCCCUGCCCGGUACCAGGCCCCCAGCACCCGGUGGGGGAGCGCACUAUGGAAAGACAGGCCAAUCCGGGGCAAGGAAUAUGUGAUCAAAAGGAACCGGUACAGGGUGGAGCCACUGUGGAGGGCAUCAGACUACGUGCCUACCGCACCCCAGCGCCCACCCGGCACCGCCCAGAACUACUGGGAGCAGGGCCUGGAACUGUACUACCCCUCCACCUGCCAGCAGCCCCCGCCUUCCCUCACGCCCACUCCCCGAUAAACGCAUGCUGCCAGGACGCACCCACUCUCUGCACCCAGAUGAGGGGGCACUAACCUAGUCCCAGGGGACCAGAGGCUCGGGACAGAGGCAGACGCUGGGCUCGCCGGCUGCCCACAACCAGGGCAGGGCUGAGAUGCCUGGGCUACCCCUGCUCAGGGCACCACCCCGGCAGACAGGAGCCAGGCCACUGUCAUCUCUUUAUUCGCUGCCAGCAGAGUCCACCAAGCCUGCUGGGCAGCCCUGCUGCCCACCACGGCGGGGUCCAGGCCCAGCCCACCACCCCGUGGCUGAGUCUCCUGCAGGCCAGAGAUGAGGGGUGAACUGGACUCAGUUCAGGGUUAGGGUUCCCCCAGAUCCUUCUGGGAUUCCUACUUCCUGCUCCCUGCCGAGGGGCACCCAAAUCCUCCAGAGGGCUGGGAUGGAUUAGAAUGGGGCACCCUCAAAACCCACGGGGUCCUUGCAAGCCCCUGGAUUCAGAAGGCCCUGGCGGGCAUCCCUGCUGCCCUCAACCGACCCCAUCCCUGGGAGCUGGGUGAGGAUGGAGGGUGGGGGUCCAGAGAAGAGUGAGGGGCAGUGGGGGCUUCUCCCCAAGGCCCUGGGGGGCAUCCUUGUGCGUCCCUGCAGUUCCCUUGCACAGGUGCAGGAGGCCGUCAGGAGUCAAGGCCGGGGGUCACGGUCCCCUGCAAGGGAGGGGUGGAAAUGGCAUUAGAGAGGGUGUGGUGGUGCCCACGCCCACCCCCGCCCCUGCCCCCACCCUGGUGUGGUGUCUCGGAAGGGAGGGAUGGGCCGGGACUCACAGCGUCGCAGGCGGAUCGGCCACAGCAGGAGGCUGCAGAGACACAGGGCAGCGGCCACGCCCACACCGCCCGUCACGGCCACCAUGGCCCAGUGGUAAAAGCUCACGCAGGCCCUGCAGCAGAGCUCCGAGCUGUGGGAGGAGGCGGGGGAUGAGUAGGCACCGCGGGGACCCCCCGACCCAAGCUGAAACUGUUCCUCCCCUCCAACCCGACGGCGGCUCCAUCCCGUCCAAGCCAGGAGCUGGGGUCCCUGCAACUCCCUCCCUCCUGUCCCACACCCAACAGCUCGGCCAGUCCUGUCGGCCUGGCCUCCAGCGUCCAUGCCGAAUCCACCACGUCUCCCCUUCCCUGUCUGCCCAUGGUCCAGCCCCAGCAUGGCCCGCCCGCACCCCCCGCCCCCGACCCUGGUCCCAGGCUCCACCCUCUCCCCCACCAGCUGUCCUCCCGGCAGCAACCACCAGAGGGCGUCUGUGAGCGCCUGGGUCAAGGCCUGUCCGUCUUCUGCCCACAGCUCUCCAUGGCGCCCAAGUCCUCCCCAUGGCCCAGCAGGCCCUGCACGACCUGCCCCGUCCCCUCUCUGCCCUCCCCUCCUCCCUCUGCUCAAGCCACACGGGCCUCCUCCUUGUUCCUCCAACACGCCACGUGUGGUCCCGCCCCAGGGCUUUGGCACUACUUGUCCCUCCCCAUUGGCCUGGAAUGCUCUGACAUCCUGCAGGUGUCAGGUCCACGUCACCUCCUCCAAGAAGCCCUCCCUGACUUCCUGCCCUGGCUGUCCAGGCUUCUCACCUUUACACACCACCCACGCCGGUCCCAACCACACGUUCACCUCUGUGACUAUUAACACAGCUGGCUCUGCGCCAGGCCCAGACCGGCUUUGGUUUCCAAGCCCUGGGUCUCUACAGGCGUAAAUGCUGUGAUGCCGUGGUCUAGAACCAUCCGUGUCUGAACCCUGAGUUCUGUGGGUCUGGGUUACACGGACUCGGGGCUGCCUUCCAGCUGGGCUCACCCCCGAUCUAUUUCUGCACGGUGUCUUCAGCACUGCACACACGGACCCAACGUUUGUUGAAUGAAUAAAUGAAGUGCUCAGUGGAAGACAC